AUGCUGCUUUUCGGCAGCAUUUCGGCAGAUUCUUGUCCGCUGGCCAGUACGCGGGCGCACAUAGAUGCCACGGCGGGCGCCAUGUCGCCCACGGGCACCAUGUUAGGGACCACUGACCUAGAGCAAGGACCCCCUAGGGACUCAGAAAACAAGGAGGAGGAGGAAUGGGUGGACAUGGCCACAGAGGAGGCUGCUCUCAAGGAGGAGGCCCAGCAGCUCAUGUUCCUGCAUGCCAGCCACCCUGCGUGUCUCGCUGCACAGCAGAGAGGACAGGACACGCUGGAGCUGCACUGCUGCAAGGCGGCUGUGGUGGAGAGGAUUGUGGUUGUUGAGCUCAUUGAGGAGCUGCCUGAUAAUUCUCCACCCGGCGCCGUUCUCGCUAACUCCCUGAUUGCUGUGGGCAACCUCAGGGGCCCCCUUACCUGCCUUCCAUAUAACAGUUCGAAAGGCGAAAACCUGGUAGAUUCCUGGGUUUUGACAGUGUUUUCACUUUGGCUCCAUAAUGCAAUAUCUUUCACCUUCCAGGAAUUAAAGAAUUUGGCUUCCAAGCAUCCAAACCUUGUGAUAUUGCAGCUAGAAGCUACAGACCCCACGAGCAUCCAGGCCUCUGCAGAGAAAGCUGAGGCCCAUCUGGGAGGAUCUGGCCUGAAUUUGCUGAUAAAUAAUGCUGGCGUUAUGCCAGAGAGCACUCUGGAGUCAGCAACUGCUGCAGAUAUGUUGGCCGUGUAUAAAAUCAACGUUGUGGGACCAAUGUUGGUGACCCAGGCGUUCCUGCCCUUGUUGAAGAAGGCUGCGCAGGAGAGCACCCAGACAGGGCUCAGCUGCAGCAAGGCGGCCAUUAUCAACGUGUCCACUAUAGGGGGCUCCAUCGGGAACACCCCCAGCAUGGCCACCUUUCCAGUCAUCUCCUACCGCUGCAGCAAGGCUGCUCUGAACAUGCUCACGAGGUGCCAGUCGGUGAGAUACAAGGAAGACGGGAUCCUGUGCACUGCGCUGCAUCCGGGCUGGGUGAAAACAGAGCUGGGAACUGCCAAGGCAGAGCUGACGGUGGAGGACAGCGUGCAGGGGAUUCUGAAGGUGCUCUCCACCCUCUCUGAGAAACACCAUGGGAUUGUAGUGGACUGGACAGGAAGAAAUGUGCCAUGGUGAGAGCCUGGCCUACAGGAAUGAUUUCACCAGCAGUGUGCACAGGACACUCCAGCACCCGUCUGCAUCUCAUGAAUAAACAUCUCUGCCUGAACUAGCGCUGUUACUGAGUCUCUCCCCUCACAGGACUCUUUUGGGUUAUGGAUUCAGGAUACCUCCUUUAAAGGAAAGCAUUGCCUCAUAGUUAGAGGGGAGACAGCUCUGCCACUGACUUACUGGGCCCUUGGGCACAUCACUUAGUCUUAGUUUCCCCUAAUGCUGCCUGAUCCUUGUGUAGCAGUUGGAGAGCCUCUGAUGAGACAUAUUAAAAGCAAAGUAUUACAAUAGCUGUUAUAGAUACAAAAUUAACUGCACCAUCCAGCUGAGCUUACUUGAAUAACAGACUCCAGGCACGGGGUAGGUAGCGUGGAUUUCCCUAGACAACAGAAAUUGGGCUUUAACAAAGAAAUUAGUCUAAUUCUCUAUCUGUAUUAGCUCACUAAGAAAACAAAAGGAACAUGAAACACAUGAAUGUGAAGCACCAAUAUCCACCCUCCUAUCCCUCCACAAAGAGGAUGUAAACAGGCUGUUUCACAGCGAUAGUUAAAGAGUUUAUUGGUAAACAGCAACACCAGCAUUAGAAGUGUCGGCAGAAAAAUUAAAUGUACCUUUACAUUAUUGCUGUUCAUUAUACAAAGAUAUGUUCAUAUUGACUAUAGUAAUUAGUGAAAUACAAAGGGAGGCUGACGUGAAUCAAACCAGCACACUGUAUGUGCACACAUGAACAGCAGGACCAUGAACCUCUGCUCCAGACAUGAAAUAACUCCAGUGCAGAAGGCCUCUUGCCAGGCUCUUUGUUCCACCUACGCCUUUGAUUAGGCCCUCUGGACUAGGGUGAAAUGCACCUUCAACAGUCAGUUGACAGCACCUGUCCUCUCACAUUUUUGGUCAUUUUGCCCCAUGAUGCAGUGGGAACUGCACUGCACCAAAACAAACCUGUGUCAUUUUAACAGCCCCAUGCAACAGCUGCACAGAUCUUUGAUAAGAGGUUGGUGACAAAGAGUUACUUUCUCCUGGGCAUGACCUGUUCUUGCACUGUCUUCAUUGGCUCUUGGGAUCCUUUUCAAAAUUAAUCAGACACAAACUAGAGAAGGCGGUGAGACUGCUGGAGCCUUGCAAACGUGGAGUCACAUUCUGCAAGGUGCAGAGCUUUCAGGGGCGCAGCUGCUCAUGAGUUUAGGUCCAUUCGCUCUUUCAGUUAAGGAGUUCCUCGCUCUCUCACCACCUCCCUCCAUCUCUACCCUCACCCCCAAUGCUUUUAUAUACUGGCUGAGGGCCAAAUUCUCAGAUGGUGUAAAUUAGCUUAGCCUGAUUCAUUUCAAUGACACUAUGCCCAUUUGCACCAGCUGAAGAUUAACUGUGAGAUUCUUCUACUGGUUUAGGUUACUUUAAAAGGACAUUAAGAAGCAGCUGAGUAAGCAGAUUUGAUGAGGGUGGGGAGGGAAAAG